UUCUGUACCUUUGCCAUAUCUGCUUCCGGCACCCGGGAUGGUAUUAGCUUACACUAAUACUGGAGAGGCUGCAGCUGGCGUGUCUUCUGCUUCCCGACUCUCUGGCUGGUGGUUUCCCUUUAGUGGGAUCACUGAACUGGUAAAUAACGUGCUUCAGCCCCAGCAAAAACAACAAAAUGAAAAGGAGCCCCAGACAAAACUUCAUCAGCAGUUCGAAAUGUAUAAGGAGCAGGUAAAGAAGAUGGGAGAGGAAUCACCGCAGCAGCAAGAACAGAAGGGCGAUGCUCCCACCUGUGGUAUCUGCCACAAAACAAAGUUUGCGGAUGGAUGUGGCCAUAACUGUUCAUAUUGCCAAACCAAGUUCUGUGCUCGUUGCGGAGGUCGAGUGUCUUUACGCUCAAACAAGGAGGACAAAGUGGUUAUGUGGGUAUGCAAUUUGUGCCGAAAACAACAAGAAAUCCUCACCAAGUCAGGAGCCUGGUUCUAUAAUAGUGGACCUAAUACCCCACAGCAACCUGAUCAAAAGGCUCUCCGAGGACUGCGGAAUGAGGAGGCGCCUCAGGAGAAGAAAGCAAAACUGCACGAGCAGGCCCAGUUCCAAGGACCCUCAGGUGACUUAUCUGUACCUGCCGUGGAGAAAAGUCGAUCUCACGGGCUCACCAGACAGGAUUCUAUUAAAAAUGGGUCAGGAGUGAAGCACCAAAUUGCCAGUGACAUAGCUUCAGACAGGAAAAGAAGUCCAUCAGUGUCCAGAGAUCAGAAUAGAAGAUACGACCAACGGGAAGAAAGAGAGGAAUAUUCACAGUAUGCUCCUUCAGAUAGCGCAAUGCCUAGGUCUCCAUCAGAUUAUGCUGACAGGCGGUCUCACCGCGAACCUCAGUUUUAUGAAGAAUCUGAUCACAUAAAUUACAGGGACCCCAAUAGGAGAAGUCAUAGGCAUUCCAAAGAAUAUAUUGUCGAUGAUGAGGACGUGGAAAGCAGAGAUGAGUAUGAGAGACAGAGGAGAGAGGAGGAAUACCAGGCACGCUAUCGCAGUGAUCCCAAUUUGGCCCGUUAUCCAGUCAAGCCACAGCCCUAUGAGGAACAAAUGCGUAUCCAUGCCGAAGUGUCCAGAGCACGGCACGAGAGAAGACAUAGCGAUGUCUCUUUGGCAAAUGCCGAACUGGAAGAAUCCAGGAUUUCUAUGCUAAGGAUGGAGCGGCCAUCAAGGCAGAGAUCUAUAUCUGAACGUAGAGCUGCCAUGGAAAAUCAGCGAUCCUAUUCCAUGGAAAGAACUCGAGAGGCACAGGGGCCAAGUCCAUAUCCACAAAGGACCACAAACCAUAGCCCUCCUACCCCCCGGAGGAGUCCAAUACCCAUUGAUCGACAAGACAUGAGGCGGACGGACUCCCUCAGGAAGCAACCCCACUUAGACCCUAGCUCCGCUGUGAGGAAAACGAAACGGGAAAAAAUGGAAACGAUGCUCAGGAAUGAUUCUCUCAGUUCCGACCAGUCAGAGUCGGUGAGGCCGCCACCACCAAAGCCUCACAAAUCCAAGAAAGGAGGUAAAAUGCGCCAGGUGUCACUGAGCAGCUCGGAGGAGGAACUCGCUUCCACACCCGAGUACACAAGUUGUGAUGAUGUUGAGAUUGAAAGUGAGAGUGUCAGCGAGAAAGGGGACAGUCAAAAGGGAAAAAGAAAAACUAGUGAGCAGGCAGUUUUGUCGGACUCUAACACCAGGUCUGAGAGACAAAAGAAAAUGAUGUGCUUUGGUGGCCACUCUUUGGAAGAGGAUUUGGAAUGGUCCGAGCCUCAGAUUAAGGACUCUGGGGUAGAUACCUGUAGUAGCACAACCCUUAACGAGGAGCAUAGCCAUAGCGAGAAGCAUCCUGUGACAUGGCAGCCAUCUAAAGAUGGAGAUCGCUUAAUUGGUCGUAUUUUAUUAAAUAAGCGUCUGAAAGAUGGAAGUGUGCCUCGAGAUUCAGGAGCAAUGCUUGGCUUGAAGGUUGUAGGAGGAAAGAUGACUGAAUCAGGUCGGCUCUGUGCAUUUAUUACCAAAGUGAAAAAAGGAAGUUUAGCUGAUACUGUAGGACAUCUUAGACCAGGUGAUGAAGUGUUAGAAUGGAACGGAAGGCUGUUGCAAGGAGCCACAUUUGAAGAAGUCUAUAACAUCAUUCUGGAAUCCAAACCGGAACCACAAGUGGAGCUGGUUGUUUCAAGGCCUAUUGGAGAUAUACCUAGAAUACCUGAUAGCACACAUGCACAACUGGAGUCCAGUUCUAGCUCGUUUGAAUCUCAAAAAAUGGAUCGUCCUUCUAUUUCCGUUACCUCUCCCAUGAGUCCCGGCAUGUUGCGAGAUGUUCCACAGUUUUUAUCUGGACAACUUUCAAGCCAAAGCCUUAGUAGAAGAACAACGCCUUUUGUUCCUAGGGUUCAGAUAAAACUAUGGUUUGACAAGGUCGGUCACCAACUCAUAGUUACAAUUUUGGGAGCAAAGGAUCUCCCGUCCAGGGAAGAUGGGAGGCCAAGGAAUCCUUACGUUAAAAUUUACUUUCUUCCAGACAGAAGCGAUAAAAACAAAAGAAGAACGAAAACUGUAAAGAAGACAUUGGAACCCAAGUGGAACCAAACAUUCAUUUAUUCUCCAGUCCACCGGAGAGAAUUUCGGGAACGAAUGCUGGAGAUUACCCUUUGGGAUCAAGCUCGAGUUCGAGAGGAAGAAAGUGAAUUCUUAGGAGAGAUUUUAAUUGAAUUAGAAACAGCAUUAUUAGAUGAUGAGCCACAUUGGUACAAACUUCAGACCCAUGAUGUCUCUUCCUUCCCACUUCCCCAUCCUUCUCCAUACAUGCCACGAAGACAGCUCCAUGGAGAGAGCCCAACACGGAGGCUGCAAAGAUCAAAGAGAAUAAGUGACAGUGAAAUCUCUGAUUAUGACUGUGAUGAUGGAAUUGGUGUGGUGUCAGAUUAUCGACACAAUGGUCGAGAUCUUCAAAGCUCAACAUUAUCAGUGCCAGAACAAGUAAUGUCAUCCAACCACUGUUCACCAUCAGGGUCUCCUCACCGAGUGGAUGUUAUAGGAAGGACUAGAUCAUGGUCACCCAGUGUCCCUCCUCCACAAAGUCGGAAUGUGGACCAGGGACUUCGAGGGACACGCUCUACUACUGGCCAUUAUAAUACAAUUAGCCGAAUGGAUAGACAUCGUGUCAUGGAUGACCAUUAUUCUCCAGACAGAGACAGUCACUUUCUUACUCUACCUCGCUCCAGAUACAGUCAGACCCUUGAACGUCAUCACAGGGAUGGCAGGGAUUGUGAAGCAGCAGAUAGACAGCCCUAUCACAGAUCCAGAUCAACAGAACAGCGGCCCGUCCUAGAGCGGACCACCGCCCGCUCCAGAUCCACUGAGCGUCCCGACACAAACCUCAUGAGGUCGAUGCCUUCAUUAAUGACCGGAAGAUCUGCCCCUCCCUCACCUGCCUUAUCGAGGUCUCAUCCUCGUACUGGGUCUGUCCAAACAAGCCCAUCAAGCACUCCAGUGGCAGGACGAAGGGGCCGGCAACUUCCACAACUUCCACCAAAGGGAACCCUGGAGAGAAACAAUGGAGUCAAGGAGAUAGAACCUUGUGAAGAAGUUACAUGGGAAGACCAACAGGAAAAGGUGAAUGGUACAGUAAAUGAUGACAUACCAUUGCCGCAAAAGAAACAGCAAACAGAGCCAGGUGCUAUGGAUAUAGAGGAGAGAAAUCGCCAAAUGAAAAUUAACAAAUACAAACAGGUAGCCGGAUCAGAUCCCAGACUGGAACAGGAUUACCAUUCAAAGUAUCGAUCAGGAUGGGAUCCUCAUAGAGGGGCAGAUAAUAUUUCCACUAAAUCUUCGGACAGUGAUGUAAGUGAUAUAUCUGCGGUUUCCAGGACUAGUAGUGCUUCUCGUUUCAGCAGCACAAGCUACAUGUCCGUCCAAUCAGAACGGCCCAGAGGAAGCAAGAAAAUCAGGCCAAAGGGAGUAGAAGAGGGAGGGAAAGAAGGGGAUAAGCAUGAAGAGAUAGUUCAUGAGGUAAAGGAAGAAAGAAUUAAUGAGCAUGUGAAAGGGAACGAGAUUACAAAAACGUCUAAUCAUGAGAAAACCAGAGAAUCAGGAGACGAGGAAAAAACACAAGAUAUACAUGAGCAAGGGAAAGAAAAAGAACAGUGGAAUAAAGAGGAUUUGCAGAGGCGAUUCUCACAAGAUGACGACAGUGUCUUUACAUCCAAAAUGCAAAGCCGACAAGUGGGCGCCUCGGGGAAGAACAUGACCAAGAGCACCAGCAUCAGCGGCGACAUGUGCUCGCUGGAGAAGAGCGAGGGCAGCCAGUCGGACACGGCAGUGGGCGCCCUGGGCCCCGGCGGCCACAAGCGGCGCUCUAGCAUCGGGGCCAAAAUGGUAGCUAUUGUUGGCCUCUCCCGGAAAAGUCGCAGCGCUUCUCAGCUCAGCCAGACGGAGGCAGGAGGUAAGAAGCUGCGGAGCACGGUGCAGAGGAGCACGGAAACAGGCCUGGCCGUGGAGAUGAGGAACUGGAUGACCCGCCAGGCGAGCCGGGAGUCCACCGACGGCAGCAUGAACAGCUACAGCUCCGAAGGAAAUCUGAUCUUCCCUGGUGUCCGCUUGGCCUCUGACAGCCAGUUCAGCGAUUUUCUGGAUGGCCUUGGCCCUGCCCAGCUAGUGGGGCGCCAGACUCUGGCUACACCUGCAAUGGGUGACAUUCAGGUGGGAAUGAUGGACAAAAAGGGACAGUUGGAGGUGGAAAUCAUCCGGGCCCGUGGCCUUGUAGUCAAACCAGGUUCCAAGACACUGCCAGCACCAUACGUAAAGGUGUAUCUACUGGAUAAUGGAGUCUGCGUAGCCAAAAAGAAAACAAAAGUGGCACGAAAAACGCUGGAACCCCUAUACCAGCAGCUGUUAUCUUUCGAAGAAAGUCCCCAAGGAAAGGUUUUACAGAUCAUUGUCUGGGGAGAUUAUGGCCGCAUGGAUCACAAAUCUUUCAUGGGAGUGGCCCAGAUACUUUUAGAUGAACUGGAGCUGUCCAACAUGGUGAUUGGAUGGUUCAAACUUUUCCCCACUUCCUCCCUCGUAGAUCCAACGUUGGCCCCUCUGACAAGAAGAGCAUCCCAGUCAUCUCUGGAAAGUUCAACGGGACCUUCUUACUCUCGUUCAUAGCAGCUGUAAAACUGUUGUCAUAGCAACCAGCGUUACAAAAAAAAAAUCACAGGUCGCUAACCCUGGUAACACUGCAUGCUUAAUGUUGUGUCUUCUGAGCCUGUUUCUAGGGAUACAAAGCGAUCCUGUGUUCUCAGAGGAAGUCGCACACAUUGUGCCCUAAAGAAGGCCCUCCGGUGAGAGAGCAGCGCGGUGAAGAACUGUCAGGUUUGGAGUUCAGUAACACUCAAAUUUUGGUCCAAUCUGAAGCCAUGGAUUAAUCUCAAAGAAUCAGUCAGUCUCAUGCAACAAAAGCCCUUUUCAAUGGCACCUUUAUCUUUUUACCGUUCCUUUUUCUUCAUUUCUCUGACCCCCAAAGCCCUGCUAUGCCACAGAAAUGGAGUGAGCGAUACAGCCACUAAGCCAUGUGAUAAGUCAAGGAGUGAAGUCUAGGAAGCAUCAGGUGAAAAGCAGGAGACCAGAGCAGUGGUCCGAGGCAGAGCGUCAGCCCUCCCCGGGCAGCGGCCAGGCCAGCGUGCACCGGGGCAGACCUCGGAGCCCCAGCAGCCCUCACUCCCUCACGCCAAGAUGUGUUGGACUGUGGGAAACAAAAUUCUGUGGCUACACUGUACUGAAUGAAAUCAAAGAAACCUUUCUGCAUGGACACAGAUUAGCUGAAUACUUAAGUUAUUUUCUUGGGGCUGCAACUUGCAAAAAAAAACACCAAACAAACAAAAAAAAGAAUAAAACUCAGCCAUUUUCAACAAUUUAUAUUAUUUUUAAAAAUAAAUUUCACUAGUGCAUGGUUUUAAAAGGGGGCAAGAAUGCAACAGGGUGAUACAAAGACACACCAUGUUUAUUAUUUAAUCAUAGUCUGUGUUUUGGCAGACAUUACAAAAGAAAAUACUUUCUAGAAGUUCCUUCAAAUUCUCUUUGUGACAAAUAAGUGAAUAUUCCAUUUAUUUCCAUGUUAAAUAUACAUAUCUAAUGAAGUUCAAUAUGUGCAAAUUGUUCACAUCUUUCUCCUUACUUUUCUUCUCCUCCCUCUUUUAAUCUUUUAUUUUCUUUCUCUCUACCAGAGUGAACUUUAUUCUAAACAAUUACCAGUUUUUGACCUGAUACUCUCUUGUACCCCAGGUUUGAUUCAGAGCCGUUGAUGCUUCUGAAUUUAUGAAUUUCUCAAGGGGAAAAAAUUUAAGAGCUUUCUGUAUUUCAAGCAUGUUGGAAAGGAUUUUGCAACAUGACUUGGGAGUGCACUAAAGUAAGUCAGCAUGUAUUUGAUAAGGAAGAUAGUUGAACUUUUGCAAUGUGUUGUCCAGUGAGUGCAUGGUAAUUUUAUUUUCGCCUUCCAAGUUUAGUUUACAGGAAAAUUCUAAAAUCAUGUGGCCAUUGUAAUGUCCAAUGAAUUUGUUUUUAGCACCAGCAUUAUUCAUACAGGGGUUAAAGUAUUAUUUCUACAAGGUCUUGGGUUUCGCUUUUUAAUUAAUUAAAGGAAUUUUCUUUAUCCAGUUUCCAUUUGCUAUGUGAAUAGAAACACUGCUAAAACUUUGGGGCCCUGGAACACAGGGCUGUUUAUUAAUUCAUUUUUUUCUGUAGUAAAAAUUCAAUUUUUCACAAAUUGUAUUUCUAAAUAAAUAGAGUAAACAUGAAUUUGCAAUAAAUAAUUUUAAAGCUCCAAUUUUUAGAUGACUCAAAGGCAGUCGUUCUGCCUAUUCAUAGUUCUUUGAUGCCAUCACCAAAAGUCCACACACAAAUCCCAAGUCAGACCCCUGUCUUUGAUUUUACAGACAGUUAUUGCCAUUGGGUGGUGCUACGAGGUCAGAUUUCUCUUAAAGGCUCCCCCCCCCCCCCAUGGGGGGAGCGGAAAAGUCGCUGGUUAACGUAAUAAACCACCCGGACUUCCUGUUUCUUUAUGUACACUCUGUAACACAUAGGUUGAUUUAAUCUCUUGCAAUGACUAUUGAAAUCCACAUCCAUGUCAUUUCUUUAAGGCCAUGCACAAAAAUUGCUUUUUUUUUUUCCUUUCUCUCUUUUUAAAUUGAGUGGUGACCAUUUAAAACUAUCAUGCUUGCUAUGGUGCAAAAGUUAAAAUGAGUAUCACUAAAAAUGCCUUCUCUUUAUGUGGUGCGAUAUGAAAUAACACCGAGAUUGUGUCUUGGCAUUCUGAGAUCUGUGAUGGCCCCGGGCAGAGCCGUUCAGAGAAUGAGUAAAACUUGACCGAAGUAAUCUAGACUCGUGUGUACCAGCAACAAUUGGUUCCAUAGACCUACAGAGUCUAUCCUCUCCCUUAGAAUAAACGUUUACCAUUCCCCUGACACUAAGACGCGGUCACAUAAUCUUUUGUGUAUAUUCCUAUAUAAAUUCUUUCUAAUUUUAAUAAGAAGGACAUGACUGUAUGGAAUAUUUGUACAUACGUGUCAUUGUGCAGUAUUUAUUUAAAAGUUGGUGUAUUUUUUUUUAAUUUUCACAUGUCUGCACCUCGACUUGUGGUUUAGUCAUGUAAAUAGCACUAUUCCGGUGACCAUUGCUGCCCUGUACAUAGUAUGUUUUAAAACUAAAGGGAAUUCCAGUUGGAAAAUAAAAAAAAAAAGGGCAGAUUAGUCCUGUAAAGAACACCAACUAAUGUAAAUCAAACUCAUUCUGGUGAUGGUAUUUAACACUUUAAAUAAAACAUUUUUCUUUACAGACUUUG